AAGUUAACUUUACGUAAGCCAUUAACUCAGAGUUUUUUUCUUUGUUUCUAAUACUAGAAAUGACAUUCUUGAGGAGUCUUUUUGCUACCAAGCAAAUAAUUCGCCAGUCUCUUACUACUGAAUCGUCAACACCGAAAGGAUUCUUAGCUGUCUACGUUGGAGAAAAUCUGAAGAAAAAGAGAUUUUUUGUUCCGGUUUAUUACUUGAGCAAACCAUCUUUCCAAGCUUUGCUGAGGAAAGCAGAAGAAGAAUUUGGUUUUGAUCAUCCAACCGGUGGUUUAAGCUUGCCAUGCGACGAAGCUUUCUUCUUCACUCUUACUUCUCAAAUUCGUUGAGCCUACACAAUAAUCAAGUUGUUUAGGAGGAAUAUUCACACUGUAAAUAAACCACACUUCAAUAUUUAGAAGUUGUGGAUAUAUGCUUACGAUUAUCUAAAUCAGCAAUUCAAAUGAGAAUACUAUAUAUGCUUACGAUUCCCAUUAUUAACAAAUGUUAUAGCCAAU